GAACUAGAGAGAAGCUGGUCCUGUCUGAUCUGCUUCAGUCCGUUAAAGCAUCAUCAUCCUUGGCCACUAUCAAAAAGCAGCUGACUAGAGUCAAAUCCAAGAAGACUGUGCAGUUGCCCCUCAACAAAGAAGAGGUCGCUCAGAUCCACAGAGAAGUGGCAUUCAAUAAAACCUCCAAAGCCCUCUCCAAAUGGGAUCCUAUCGUUCUCAAGAACCGCACAGCAAAGCAGCUGGUUUUUCCCUUGGAGAAGGAGCAGGCCACCUUUGCACCUCUUGAGCAUGUGCUCGGUGGCUGGAAGGCAAGGACUCCCCUGGAGCAGGAGAUUCUCAAUGUCCUCCACAAGAACAAGCAGCCAGUGACGGACCCUUUACUGACACCAGCGGAAAAGGCCUCUCUCAAAGCCAUGAGCCUGGAAGAGGCUAAGAUGCGCCGAGCCGAGCUGCAGAGGGCCCGGGCCCUACAGUCCUACUAUGAGGCCAAGGCUCGAAGAGAGAAGAAAAUCAAAAGCAAAAAGUAUCACAAGGUCAUCAGGAAAGGUAAAGCCAAAAAAGCUCUAACUAACUUCGAGAACCUUCGACAGGCCAAUCCCAGUGCGGCACUAGAAGAACUGGAAAAAGUGGAAAGGGCCCGGAUGAUGGAGCGAAUGAGCCUCAAACACCAGAACAGUGGCAAAUGGGCCAAGUCAAAGGCCAUCAUGGCCAAGUAUGACCCAGAGGCUCGCCAGGCCAUGCAGGAACAAUUGGCCAAGAACAAAGAGCUGACACAGAAACUCCAAGUCUCCUUGGAGAGUGAGGAAGAGGAGGGCAGGAUGGAAGAGGAGGAGCUGCUGGUCCCUGAUGCCGUGAAUGCAAUCCAAAUGAAGGCAAAUGGGCCAAACCCCUGGAUGCUCCAAAGUGUCACCCUGGCGGCCAGUGAGGCCGAUGAGCAGCAGGACCCGGAACAACUUCCCUCUGAGCCCACUGCUGGUGAGGAUUCCGAAAGUGACGGGGAAGGGAGCGCUGGAGCCACAGAGGAAACCGAGCUGAGAGAAUUGGAGGAAAGGCGGUCCCUUAGGAAAAGGUCCGAGCUCGGUCAUGCGGCUGGGGCCAGGAACCAUCCGGAGGCACAAGAUACCAGCAGUCAGGAGGUGCUGCUGGAAGUGCGAAGAUUGGCCCAGAAGCUCCCCAAAGAAGCCCGGUCAUCCCAGCCCCCCAAAGGGAGCUCCACAGGGGCUGCUCCCCCAGCCCCAGAGAAGGAGCAGGCAGCUGAGGAGGAGCCCCUGUUACUGCAGAGGCCAGAGCGAGCGAGGACUCUGGAAGAGCUGGACGAGCUGAGUGGAGAAGGCUGUUGCCCAAACCUGGAGCUUCCCCGCCCUGUGUCACAGGGGCUGCACGCAGGGAAGAGCCCCAAGAAUCAGCCUGCUGCUCCCAAGAAGAAAGGGAAAGCGCAAAUGAUUGAUCUGCACAACCUCCUCACCACCAGAUCUCCUUCAGGGAAGUCUUUGGCAGUUCCCACAACCAUGGAAGAGGAGGAAGAUGAAGGGGAGAGAGAGCAAAAGCAAACCAUAAAGGAAGCUUUCGCUGGGGAUGACGUCAUGGCAGACUUCUUGAGAGAGAAGAGGGAGGCUGAGGAGGCCAAUAAGCCAAAGGACGUGGACCUGACGCUGCCCGGCUGGGGCGAGUGGGGCGGCGUGGGCCUACAGCCCAGUGCCAAAAAACGCCGCCGGUUUUUCAUAAAAGCCCCGGAGGGGCCGCCAAGAAGAGACCAGAAGUUGCCGAACGUGAUUCUCAGUGAGAAACGCAACAUCCACGUCGCGGCUCACCAGGUCCACGUGCUCCCAUACCCAUUCAGCCACCACCACCAGUUUGAACAGACCAUCCAGACUCCAAUAGGAUCUACCUGGAACACCCAGAGGGCCUUCCAAAAGCUGACCACCCCCAAGGUUGUCACCAAGCCGGGGCAUAUCAUUAAGCCCAUAAAAGCCGAGGAUGUCGGCUACCGGUCAGCCUCGAGGUCCGACCUGUCUGUGGUACAGCGGAAUCCCAAGCAGCUCUCCAAACGGCACCGCAAACAGCUGAAAAAGAACUCGCCUGAGGCACUGGAGCAGUGAUGUUCUCAGGCCUGGCUGCUUUCUACUUCCGGGGGGUGAGGGUUGCAGGAUCCCAGACGGGCCUGCACACUGCCUCACGUUCAACCUUAAGUUGGCAAUAAAGGCGCUUCUCUCUGUC